UUUCCACUCCAGCGCCAAAAGAAGAAGAGACCAUGAGGAAACGCACCCUUUACGCUUGGGGAGUCGCUAUUGUAUGUUUCCUGGUGUUAAUGAUCGUCACUCCAGCUAUCCCCCAGUCUCAAGAGUACCACGAUUUCGCCGAUCAACUCGAUUUCUUUGGUAUACCCAAUACGUUAAAUGUGGUUUCGAAUUUUCCCUUUCUAGUUAUUGGUGUUAUAGGUCUUGUAUUGUGUUUUUAUAAGGAUUAUUUCAAGUUUAGUUUGCAAGGGGAACUAUGGGGUUGGACUUGUUUUUUCAUUGGUGUGGCUGCUGUUGGGGUUGGUUCCUCAUACUAUCAUCUCGACCCGGAUGAUGCUCGGCUCGUGUGGGAUAGAUUACCAAUGACAAUUGCAUUCACAUCGAUCGUGGCAAUAUUUAUCAUUGAAAGAAUUGAUGAGCAAAAGGGAACAGUUUCCAUCAUACCACUUCUGCUGGCUGGUGUAAUCAGUAUCUUGUACUGGAGGUUUUUUGAUGACCUCCGACUUUAUGGCGUUGUCCAGUUUGUUCCUUGCAUUGCCAUCCCCCUCAUGGCUAUCUUGUUGCCGCCAAUGUACACACAUUCUGCAUAUUGGCUUUGGGCAGCAGGAUUCUAUCUUUUAGCUAAGAUAGAAGAAGCAAUGGAUAAAGUAAUAUACAAAUGGACCCAUCAUGUUGUAAGUGGGCACACCCUUAAGCACUUGUGUGCUGCCAUGGUUCCUGUGUUUUUGACACUUAUGCUGGCGAAGAGGACGAUUGAAACAAACAGGAUAAGCCUACUGAAGACAUGGAAGGUUUCGUGGACAGAGGUGAAUGGAAAUGGUUGCCAGGUGGAAAGUAGGGAGUACGCCUACACCAGUGUUCAGUCAGAGGAUUCACAUUCACGUUGAGCUGCAAUUAUAUUU